CUGAUUUGACAGAAGGAAGAGCACCAGUGAAAGAAAGGAAGCGUACAUCUCAAAAAGCCGGGUUGUUUUCUUGGUUUCUUGGAGAAACUAGGAUCGAUGGCCGUUAAAGGGAUGAAUCUGUACAGUGUUUGCUGUCUUGUCCUGUAUUUUGUUGCGGCAGUACUUGCAGGGCGAGAUUUCUACAAGAUUUUGGGGGUGAGUAAGUCUGCAUCGGUAAGGGACAUCAAGAAAGCUUACAGAAAGCUGGCUCUCCAGCUUCACCCCGACAGAAACCCAGACGACCCUACUGCAGCUGACAAAUUCGCAGACCUAGGGGCAGCCUAUGAGGUGCUCUCAGAUGACGAGAAGAGGAAGCAGUAUGAUGCAUAUGGAGAGGAUGGUCUGAAAGAGGGUCACCAAGGCUCACACAAUGAUAUCUUCUCCAGUUUCUUUGGAGACUUUGGCUUCAUGUUCGGAGGAAACCGUCAAGGACAACAGGACAGGAACAUUCCCAGAGGAAAUGAUAUUGUGCUGGACCUGGAGGUCACGCUCGAAGAAGUCUACUCUGGAAACUUUGUGGAGGUUGUGCGCAACAAACCUGUUGCCAAAGAGGCUCCUGGGAAAAGAAAAUGCAACUGCAGACAGGAAAUGCGGACAACUCAGCUUGGACCUGGACGCUUCCAGAUGACCCAGGAAGUAGUCUGUGACGAGUGCCCCAACAUAAAACUGGUGAAUGAGGAAAGAACUCUUGAGGUAGAGAUCGAACAGGGAGUGAGAGAUGAGAUGGAGUACCCUUUCAUUGGAGAAGGUGAACCUCACAUAGAUGGAGAGCCAGGGGAUCUACGCUUCCGUAUUAAAGUUCUAAAACAUCCGGUGUUUGAGCGUAGAGGAGAUGACCUGUACACCAACGUCACCAUCUCCCUGGUAGAGGCUUUAGUUGGCUUUGAGAUGGACAUUGUGCAUCUGGAUGGACAUAAGGUACACAUUGUGAGGGACAAGAUCACCAAGCCCGGUGCUCGUCUAUGGAAGAAGGGAGAAGGCCUGCCUAACUUUGAUAACAACAACAUACGUGGAUCUCUUAUUGUCUCUUUUGACGUCGAGUUCCCGCAGACACAACUGGAUGAGAAUCAAAGAGAGGGAUUGAGGGGAAUUCUGAAGCAAUCGUCAGUACAGAAGGUUUACAAUGGACUACAGGGAUACUGACACACAGACAGGAUGGACUGAGUUCUGUGCUAUAAACACAGGAGCAAGCAUUUAGGUGUAUUUAUUUUCAGAGGGGUCUCAGGAUGGGUUGAUUUUGAUUUGUUAAAUUUCUUUUUUUUAUAUUCAAAAAUCUAAAGGUGGCUUUAUUUUAAUGAUGUCAUUGUUAUUCUUUUUUUAACAUUGAGUCAAACAACAUCAUAUUUAUUAUUUUAAUUUGCUUGCCCUUGUCUUUCUACAACUACCGAAAUUCUUUGCAAAUCCGUGAGCUUCAAUUUGGACAGUUUGGAUCUUCAGAUCGACCCACCUUCCAUGUCAACCUUGGUCAUCCAAGGUCAGCCACUAUCACAGACAUUUUGGAUAGUCCCGACUCACCUUUCCAAUAUUAAAUCUAUUAUGCCUGGGAUCUAAAGGGGGGGCUGGACUGAGGCAAGUUCCUUUUCAAUCGAAGGACAAAAAUCAACAACGUUAAACUUCAGGACUGGAACACUGUUGUCCAGUUGUUUUGAUAACUGUUUUAUGAAUGUAGAACUAGGGUAUUUCAUUUAAUCUCCAGUGAUUUGGACCACGCUGACACGUUCAAGAAUUCUGUAAAUAACCUGGUUUUAUUUGUCCUACCCCUGUUCAGUGAUGUCUCAAAACACUUUUGUAAAUAGAAAGAACAAACAUUAUUUCAUUGCUUUUUUUGUUGAUUUAGAUUGUAUGUUGAGAUCUGGUGCUGGCUAGAAAACCCUCCUUUGCUCCAAUCUGCCCUGAAUACCAUCCACACCUCUUGCGCCGCUCCCCUUUUUUUUGAAGCGUGUAGAUUACCUAAGGAGAAUGAAUACCUUCUGUUCUCUGGGCUGCUCUUUUUACUGAAAGGGGCUGCAGUAAAAAAAAAAGAAAAGAGUCGGUUUUAUGUUCUACUACUAUUACAACUAUUACUUUUAAUUGGGAGUUAAAUGUAUAUGAAUCACUUGAUUGAAUGUGUCAAGUAUGCUAAAACAAGUCAGGCUACAGGCAUGAUAACCCCCUGGUGGGGUUUUUCAGUGGUUGCCCAGUGAACUGAACUGAACAGUAUGGCAGCUGUAUGUGCUUUGUUGCAGCCGUUUUGUCCUCUGCAUUCUUAAAUUGCCUUGUAGACAACGUUAGCUGACGUGGAUUUUAGUAUCUUAUUUGUGCAACAAAAAACUAAUAAUUUGGUUGUCCCCGAGUGUUUCACUCGCUCAAUUAAGUUUCUACCUCCCUCUCUACACUGUGCCCACCACCUGUUAGGCCUACAGAAAUAAAUGCCUAUCAAACUGGAUCUAGCUUAUAA